AUUACCACAAACUAGAUACAGAAGAGACCUGGAAAGGAAGAGAGAGAGAGAGGGGAUGAAGCUGGUUUGGUGCCCGGAGACGGCCUCCAAGGCCUACAUCGACGCCGUAAAAGCCCUCGCCGACCGUGAACUGGAGGAGACCAACGUGGCGGAGCUGGUCGCCGCCAUGGCCGGGGGGUGGAAUGCCCAGCUCAUCGUCGAGGCCUGGGCGCACGGCGACGGCGCCGCCACCAGCCUCGGCCUCGAGGCUGCCGCACAGCACACGAGGGGGCGGCACGUGUGCGUCGUCCCGGACGAGAGGUCGGCGGCGGAGUACGUGGAGGUGAUGCGGAGAGCGGGGCUGCCGGCGGCGGAGCGGGGGGUGGUGGUUGGGGAGGCGGAGGAGGUGAUGGGGGAGCUGGAGGGGGUGGACUUCAUGGUGGUGGACUGGCGGCUGAGGGAUGCAGCGAAGGUGCUGAGGGCGGCGAGGGCGGGGCCGAGGGGGAUGGUGGUGGUGAGGAAGGGCGCCGGGAGGAGGCGGAGCGGGGCAGCGGCGAUGGCGGCGGGGACGAGGCUGGUGAGGUCGGCGUUCCUGCCGAUAGGGAGGGGGCUGGAGGUGCUGCAUCUUGGGGUGGGGAAGGGGCCGAGCUUGGGCAGCGGCUGUGGCCGCUGGAUCAAACAUGUGGACCGUCACACCGGGGAGGAGCAUGUAUUCCGGCGUUGAUCCAUUAUACUUAAGUUUUCUUCUUUUUUUUUGUUUGAUGGCUGGUUUUGAUCAUCUCCUACUUGUAAGAUAAAUAAUAUUGCUUUAUAGCUUUUUUUUUUCCUCUUUUGUAAUAUAUAUACUCAGCUAAUAUGGUUGUAAAUUUUGGUGUAGUUUUAGAUCAUGGAAACCCAACGGGAAGGAUGGCUGUUGGGUUAUAUUAA